AUCUCAUGGAAUGAACGUUACGCGAAGAACAGAAAAUUGCUGUUAACUUUUUAUAAUUAUUUCUCGAUGAAGAUCGAUGUCGAAGUUCUGAAUGAUUUUUGAACAAUCUAUGCGUUGGUAGCAUCCUAUUCGUAAAAAAAAGUGUAAAACAUCCGAGUCCGGCUUGAAGUUGUUAGCUGCAAGUAGCGGGGGGUAGUGGUAUAGAUUACAGCCUAAGGUGGAUCGAAUUCUCUUAACAAGGCGGCAUGUUCGUAAGAGUCUGGUUGCGAAUUCUCACGGGGGAUGAAUGAGGACGAGUUAUUAAAACGGUCUGCUGCAGAGCGAGAUAGAAUAUUUAGCUGCUACGACCGUGGUAGAGAGAAUGGAGCAGAGAUUGAUCCUUGGGAAGAUCCAACCUACGAAGUGUACCAUACCACAGACAGAUAUGGAUUUAUACACGAUAAGCGCUUACCGCAAAAGCCAGAUCCUAACGAAAUCAAGAGCCACAGGGUGGAAAUGGAAAGAUUAAAGAAAUGGGAAAAGAUGACGAAACAGUGGGACAGUUCUGCGACUAAGGAGAAAUUGAGGCGAAGAGUAUAUAAAGGAAUUCCUAACAGGUUUCGCGGUCAAGUUUGGGCAUUGUUACUGGGUAUUAAAAAUUUGAAGAGAGAACAAGCUGGUAAAUACGACGAGAUGUUAAAACUCGCGCGUCAAUGGUCCACUGAAAUAAGACAAAUAGAUGCAGACGUGGCUAGACAAUACAGAGACCAUAUCAAUUACAGAGAGAGGUAUAGCAUAAAACAACGAUCUAUGUUUUAUGUAUUGGCUGCCUAUAGCAUGUAUAAUAUGGAAGUGGGUUAUUGUCAAGGGAUGUCUGUAUUAGCUGGGUUACUCCUAUUGUACAUGGAUGAAGAAGACGCAUUUUGGGGUCUUUCUGUGUUACUUGCUGAUAAGAAGUAUACCAUGCAUGGAUUCUACGUCGACGGGUUUCCAAAAUUGAACCGUUUCAUCGAGCACCAUGAUAAAAUUAUGAACAAAUUUCUACCGAAACUGAAGCGGAAGCUUGAUAAAUGCGGUUGCGAUUCUAUUCUUUACGCGUUAAAAUGGUUUUUCGUGGUUUUCCAAGAGAGGACACCUGUUAGCCUUGGUCUCCGAAUUUGGGAUGUAUUUCUACUGGACGGAGAUCGUAUCUUACCCGCCAUGGCGUACACGGUCAUGAAAAUGCAUAAACGAUUUCUCAUGCCGAUGGAGAGUCUAGAUGAGUUUUGUAAUUAUUUGCAAAUCAAAUUAGAAAAAGACUUCUGCUUCGACGACGAUACGGUCGUAAGUACCAUGGAGCGCAGCAUGGAAGAGUUGAAACGCGCCAAGUUAGAUUACCCUGGCCCUCCCUUGCCACACGAAUUGCCACGAAUCCCGUUUGGCACGUUCAAAGAACCUACGUUCGCAAGCAAGGUCGGAAGACGUAACGAGGAGUUUAGUGAGGCGCAGCACGUGAUGCGCGAGUCCAUAACGCAGCGUAGGGAAAUGGUAGUCGUCACCGAAGACGGGAGAGGAAGUACAACGCCGGUUGAACAGACUAGUUGUGCUCUUGGCGGGAGCAAAUUCUCAUUUGACCCGAGCCUCGACGAUGGAGCAUCUCCCAAUGGCUCACGCCGGUCAUUGGCAGACACAUCCGUCACGUCGACAGCCGACCUGUCCGUGUUUAGUUCGGCGACCCGGUCGCAGGCGUUAGACAAUAGUCUCGAUACUCAAAGUAACAUUUCUAAUGCCAGCUCCGGCAGCGGUGGUUUACCGACGCCGCGAGCAACGCCUCAUCAGCCAAGCCCGGACGUUGUACGGAUAUACGUGCCGUAUACGUCGCCGAUGUCCGGCUCAUACAAAGACGAUCUUCCGCGUACGCUACCACGUUCGUUAGAAACGAAUAGGAUUCGGAUACGGGUCGACCCCGACCAAACCCCGGUAGUGGAGAAUCUGAAACCUUUCUCGCUAGAAAACCUGGAGAUCGAUCUAGAUUUGAAGUAAUUUAGCGUCUCAUAUGUCGAUUCAUGUCAUUUAGAAAUUCUGUUCUCGUUUUGUCUGUAUUAUACAUAGGGAAAUGAGAGAUUGUACGCACUGAAUAACAGUAACGAUUGCGAUGGCCUAAUUACAUUCUUUUCCUUUUUUUAAAGCAUAUAAAAAAGAAUGAUCACUUCCAAUGUAAUAUUCCUAAUCGAUCAACGAUGUUUUAAAUGUCUGAUUAAACUAUAUCUAUAUAUAUCAUGGAUAAUUCUAAAGAUAGCUGCAUAAUAAUCAAGUAAUAUUCUACGAACUUAUAUUUGAAUGAAGAGCAACAAGAUGAUGGAACUUUAUGCGAAAUAUAAAACGAAUUAUACAUGUAGCCUGCUGAAGUUACUUAUAAUAUUUUGGUAGAUAUAGAUGGGGAAUUUCAACUACGAAUAUUUAAUAAACGCAUAGGACGUUAAGUAGGUGCGUAAGCGUAACGUGUAGAUAAUUUCUAAAGCAUGCGUUUUUAAAGGUCCCUCCCUCGAACGAACAGGAUAUACAAAAUAUUUUCGGAUACAUUAAGGAAAACUAAAGGAUUGGUCAUUAUACAGUAUAUGUGUGUAUAGUAAUAUGAGUCAAUUUUCCAUAGUAAAUGUAAUACUUAAAAAAUGAAGCAAAGAAUGAUAUUUUUGUUACUACGAGUAUAUAAAAUCCUUUGAUUAUAUUUUACUGCAUACGUUAUAAAAAAUGAAGUAUACAUAAAGUUCCAUACUCUAGAAUUAUUCAAUUAAAUAAUUUACGAUUAUAGACGUUCUCUGUAACACGUACGAAUGGGGAAACUAGAUUUAUAUCGAUUAGUCAUCGUUGCUUUCGGACUUUGUUUCACGAGUUUCGAAACGUCAGAUUGGAUUUGCAGCAAAGAUUUGCGUUUUACAUGCCAAAAUAUCCGAUCGUGUAACCAGAAAUCGGAUAUUCUCGAUAAUACAUAUACACGUAGAUUAGAACUUUUUAUAUGUAUUUAAUUAUUCUAAGGAAAUUAGGAUGUAUAGUUUAGAUGAUUAUCGUUAAUCAUUUGCUUUGGGAACAAUUAUGAGUUUCAGACGAACGGAGAACAUUGCUUUAGAUUAUUAUAAGAUAAUGAUCAUAUCUUGGAAAGAAACCAGUUACAUUCAAUUAAUGUUUUAAGUACUAUACUGCCACGGUAAAAAAUUCGUACUACUUUAUUUAUUUUAAGUUCUUUUUUAUAUAACGUUUACCGACAGGUACAUUAAUUGUUGUACAUAUGUAGUAUUUAACGAAGAAACGUAUCUCUUUUGUUUUCAACGAGAUUGUUUAGCGAAAAACACGUAGCGAGGUAUUUGCCAAAAGCUCUUUAACAAGUGAUGUGAAUACUGGACAGUCUCCUGAUACUUUGCAGCGUAUUUAUUGUUUAAAGUUUAAAUGUACAAAGGCGUAUAGACACGUGCUCGAAUAAUAAUCAGUUCUAUAAAACAUUCCCGGACAAUUGCAGUAUUCCUCGAUGUAUAUAGAGCACGAAUCGUAUUAAUUAUAUAAAUAAUAUAACGACAGCAAUCAUUUGUUACAUCUAACGAGUAGCGUAAGGGUAAUAUUUGUUAAAUAAAUAUUAAAUGUUAACGGUUCGAAUCUUUAUCGCAUUGUAAAAGAGAUCAACCAAAUAAUCUGUACAGUGAUCUGCGUAUAGCGAACAACCCUGUCUGUCCUAUCGUGGCAUGAACCUAUCAGUUUUCAAACAAAUAAAAUAGAUAAGGCGAUAUACUGAAACGCAUGGAAUUGUAUUAUAGAUGCAACAAGAAUCUAUUAAUAAACGAAACCAACAACUUAUAUUCAA